AAAUUAUCGUCUUUAAUAGUUAAGUUUAUAAUUACAAUUGUCAACUUUACCUCUAGUUUUAACCAAAUUGAUUAUAUCAUUAAACCAAGUGACCAAGAUAAAAGUGAACCCUGUGAAUAAACCCUCAACCAGAGUAACCCAAAAAGUGUUUGAUCAAUGUACAUAAUUUACCAUAUCUUUUCAUUCCAGUUUUAAUAUGUGUUCCUGAUGACAACAAAAGGUACAACAUUAUUGGAUUAAUUUCAAGUGUCCAUCUAACUACCAUUUAUCAAUUUAAAAGCAACUCGUACAUUGAAAUAAUUAUACAAAAUCAACCUUUUCUACCUCAAACAUUCCUAAUAUCAUUACCGUACUCGCCAUCUCAUUAGACAACCGUAAAUAUUUCUUACCGUGUUUACAUUUUGUGGUGUUAUCUAGUAAUUUGUUUGUGGAUUAACCAAAUAUCGGAAUAAACUUAAUUGUAAUCAUACACUCUAACUGUAUCUUUACAGCCUCAUCAUCAUUCCAUUCAUCUUGUCAGAUAUUGUUCAUCGUCAUCUUCAUCACCUCCAAAACCUUCAAAUCCUUAGACAUGGUUUCAACCAUUUUGAUACGGAUAAAAUCGCCCAUUAUCAUGUACAUUUCAUUAUUAAUAUUAUUAAAUUGUACAAUCAUUUCAACCUUAGGUGAAUCCAUUGAACCAGAAAUACUCUUUGAAGCUGCCUUUCAAGGAGAAUGUCAUUCAAAUGGUCCUUGUCAACAUUUGUGCUUUGAUCUUCAUGAUGGAACCUUUGAAUGCGCCUGUCAUCCAGGAUAUAUUUUAUCAGAUAAUGGUUACAGUUGCCUUGAAAAUUCUAUUGCCCAGGAAAAGCGUCAUCAAAGGAAGAUGAAACCAAAUUCAUCGUCAUCAUCGUUACCUUCAUCAUUGUCCAGUAAAGAUUUAUCUGGACGCAAUCGGGUGCUUCAAGAGGUUAAUGAUUUAACGCGUUUCAAUGGGAAACCUCAAUAUCAUGAUGCAAUUUAUUAUUCGUGUGAAUCAAUUGAAUGUGAAGCUGGCGGUAGUUGCGUUGAAAAUGAAGAUUAUCAUGACCAUAGAGUUCGUUGUAGAUGUCCAUUGGGUCGAGGUGGAUUUUUUUGUGAAAAACCAAUGGAAGUGCGUUUUCCUCGAUUUAGAGGUCGAUCAUAUCUUGCUUUACCAACCCUUCGAGAUGCCCACAAAUCAAUGAAAGUAACCAUUGAAUUCCGACCAGAGUAUCAUGAAGGUGUUUUACUUUACAGCGGUGAGAAUCAAAACUUGGAAGGUGAUUAUAUAGCAAUUGUAUUAAAUCAAGGAUUUGUAGAGUUCAGAUUUGACUGUGGAAUGGGCGAAGGUGUUAUUGCCAGUGAAACUCCGGUAAUACUAAACUCAUGGAAUAGAUUGACCAUUUAUCGAGACGGUUGGUCUGCUUGGUUACAAUUGAAUCAAGAGAGGCAAAUUCCUGGUCAAUCUCAGGGACUUUUUUCACGAAUCACAUUUAAAUUAGAACUAUUUCUCGGUGGAUCACCAAAUAUAAGUUUAAUCUCUGCACGAGCCAACAGUCGACUUGGUUUUGUUGGAUGUGUCCGUAAAUUGGAAAUAAAUGGUCAUUCAUAUGAUUUCAGGUCAGACAGUAGAGGAGAUGCUAUUGAUGGUGUUGAUACAGAUGAAUGCAAUUCAGAUGUUUGUAGCAACACUUCGUGCUUAAACGGAGGCCAAUGUGUAGCAACAUCACCCGAAAGAUGGAUAUGCAUGUGUCCCUUGGGCUUUGCUGGUAACCAUUGCGAGCGAAGAUCCGAUUUUACGAUUCCUUCAUUCAAUGGUUCCUCAUAUCUUCAAUUUACCGGUUUGAAAGAAACUUGUCUUUCUUUCUUUGAAAUACAAAUGAUAUUUAAACCUCGAAUGCCUAAUGGUGUCCUUUUAUACAAUGGUAAUCGAUUGGAUGCUCGAGGUGAUUUCAUCUCAAUCAAUCUGGUCAAUGGUUUCAUUGAAUUUCGCUUCGACUUGGGCAGUGGUCCUGCCAUUAUCAAGAGCCGCGAACCAGUUGAACUGAAUCAAUGGCACAGUUUACUAGUAACACGCACUGGACAACAAGGUUGGCUUCAAAUUGACAAUCAACCGAUUGUAAGUGGAUCAAGUCUGGGUGGUUACACGCAAUUAUCAUUAUCACUCAACUUGUUUCUUGGUGGCGUCUCUGAUGUUAAAGAUGUUUCAUCCAAUUCAGCAAUCAGCGAUUCUUUUUCAGGAUGCAUUAAAAAGAUUACUAUUAAUGGAAGGUUGUUAAUGUUCCUUGAUGAAGUGCUAUCGGGAGUUAAUGUGAUUGACUGUCCUAAUCGACAUCAUUGUUCAAAUCAUCAUCGCUGUUCAACUUCUUCAUUUGUACCUUCAUUUUCAUCUUCAUCCUCUUCAACAAGAUCAACCAAAUUAUCCUCACCAUCAUUAUCAUCUCCAUUAACGUCAAUAUCAUCAUCAUCAUCACUCUCAUCAUCACCAUUGAAUAAACGUAGUUUUAGGAAAUCAACAGAUUCUGUGAUAGAUUCAUCGCGCUUUAUCAACAAUCACUUUAAUCCAUUUUGAUUGCAUUAAUUUUGAUUGUAUUCAUCAACUUUUACCUUUUAUCUUCUACUCUUCAAUCCUCUCUUUCCUGCAACUCUUUUUUUCCUAAACGACGCAAUAAAAUGAUUUUUGUAAAUGAAUUAAAUAAAGUAUAAUAUCGAUUUGAUAGUU